AUGUCAUCGUCUGACAAAAACAAUUGUUCUCAAUGUCAAAAUAAAAAAACAAUUAAAUUUAAUAAAUCUAAAAAACGGCAACUAACUACUUCAUUCACGGCUAAUAAUGUUGACUACAACACUCCUUCUACUUCAACUGCUCAAUACGACCAACCAUCCAGUCCAGAAGACGUUAGUUGUGUUAAUAUCAGAAACAUGGUUUUUUUGAAAAAUUUGUACAAAAAUGUUCCCGCAUUAUCAGAACAGUUUCUUGUAGGGGUAAAUUGUGCGGUUAUCAAAAUAUUGCAAGAAAUCGAAGAAAAUCACAAAUGUUGUGUCAAAAAAAAAUCAAAUAAGCAAACACUAAAACGACCACAUAAAUCAUAA